UCUAUCGGUGUACAGGGCUCUAUUUAAAUUUUAUUCUAAGUGUUUUUUUUUUCAAUCAGAGAUGCCACGCGCAUUCGUUUACAUGAUUGCAGUCGUGUCCGUGUUGACAUUCACUGCGCACACGCAGCAAGUGGACAUAAUAGCGGAGAAUCGACCAAUUGAUGAAGAGUCACGAAACGGUGGUUCGUCUGAGAACAAAGUUUACGAAGAAUUGUUCAAAAAAUCCUUCGUUCACCAACGUAGGGAGCACGCCGACGCCGUGAAACGUCUCGAAAGAAUAGAUAACUAUGAGCGGCUGUACAAAAUGAUAAUGGUUCUUGGGGAGAAAAUGAUCGACGUGAUCGAAUCAAGUAAAUCACUGAUCGAAGAUGCAAAUUUCAAUCCGGACGAUCGAUUAUUGCCACGGAAUGUCACCGUGCAAAGCGCGUUAUCCACUGUAUUAGAAAACACAGCGUUGUUCGGGGAUAUUGUCCUCCAUUUUCCGGAAGUAAGUCAUCGUGUGCUGAAAAUGCAACCGAAAUGGAGCUCGGCGAUCAGUUGGUCCGUAAAUUUUACAAGUCGUAGCGGGCAUUUCUUGGACGAGAAAACAAUCGCUUUAAUCGGUUUGGUGGCCCAAGAACUUAAUAUAACGGAACGCAAGCCAGGAUAUUCUAAUCCUUAUCAACGUUCCGCUCGGUUUCAAGAACCUAACAAAGAGGCAAUGAAGACAAAAGGAUCGUCGAAAAAGGAGAAACGGAAGAGGGGACCGCGAAUAACGAUAACUGAAUUCUAGACGCUUUCUGUACACUUCCUGAAAUAGAUCGUCAAUUAUCAUUAAUUCAGUAUAAUGUACUAUGUAACACCGAGGAGGAUUAUUUUUUCCUAUGGAUUUACAUAUGUAAAUAUAUAACGUACGAAUUAUCUGUAACAUAUAACACAAAGAACAAUAUAUUUGAAGCAGGUAUGUCAAAGAAGCGAUAGCUAC